CGAUGCUAUCUCAUCCAUACUGACUUUGACAGCCUCGAACCUUGAUAUCUCGCCUUCUGUUCAGCUUCAAGGUCAUCUAUCUUACAGCUCGUCAAAAAUGAGUGAAAGACUCGGAAAUAUCACCUAUGCUAUAUUAUUGCUCUACAGAGCUGGGAUGGUCAUCAUGCUGAAUCAAGUCUUAGCGGACGUGCAUCUAGUUCUUCUCUUUUUGACUUCUACAUGCCAUUUCUGGCUGCCCUGUCAAUCACGAUCGAAGACUAAACAGUAAGGACACACGCCAGCCUUCAGAGAUUGUACCGCACCAUCUUAAACUCCCACACCCGAAUCUGCGUUCCGAUUAUGCCUACAGAAGUCCAAGCAAAUUGGACUCGGCUGAUUCGUGGUUGUGGCUGCUCUCACUGCAGAGCGCUGGACAGAUUUCUGGUCGACCGUGAGGCAGAAACACACCGAUUCAGUGGACAUGUAGGAGAUCGAAAACACCUCAUAAGUGUUCUCUCAACAGACGAGCAGAAUGGCUCCAUCAAGAUCAGCACCGACACAUCUGCGAUCUCGCACACAAUCCAUAUCCAGAAGAUCGGCGAGAAGAUCGACAGAGACUUCGGAAAAAUGGAAGCUUGGUCACUCGCGCAACAGAAGGUCCAAGAGAUUUCCAGCUCGGCUUUACGCAUUAUCUUGGGCGAUGAAGACUUCCGACUUGCUCUUGAUCUCAAACCUAUCUCACCAGAACCUUUUUCCCACAGCAUUCUGGCCGGAUCAACAACAUCACCUUCUUUUGCCUCACCAUUCGUGGGCUCAAUCGGCCAACCACUAUCUUCUCCGUCCUUUGAAGUUAAUAUCGUCAGCCUAGCCAGUCCCACCAAUGGCCAAAGACCCAAACAACAACGCCUGGACAAGCUUCCAGCAAGUUUAUCUACAGUCUCUGCUAAUAAUCAGCUAGGUAUCCGACCAGCGUUUGUCUCACCAGUUGAACCGGCAACCAAUGAAUCUUUGAGAAGUGGCGCAUCUGUUCCAGAAGCUGCACGUCAUGAUCCUCAAACUGCUGACCAAUUUCCACGUUGGCUCAUUCUUGGGUUACAGGCUCUAGCAAACUCACAUCCCAAUGACCGGUUUCAGGUGGAGAUGAAAAAUACAAUUGUCGAUAAGAUCACUGAAGUUCCAUGCGAUGCCCCCCUGCCUGCUGGAAAAUCUUUCUCUGACCACCGGAAAUUCAUGGUGUUGCCACAGAUCAAUUGUAUGGAUUGCCCUGGGGAGCCACACUUCCCAGGUCCAGGUCAAUCCGUCAGAAUGUUCGCGUCCCAUCUCGAGACUGUUUUGCACAGAACCAGAGUGGAGCUCGCGAUCGCAUCAGGGCGCGAGCGUGUUGCCCCAGGGACUCUUGACAGAGUUGUCACCUCCCUUUCAUACCCAUCUCUUGCAAAAUUGCCUCGCAAUUGCAGUCUAGUCGCAAGACGAAGUUCGGAAAAGCAGGAAGUCCGUGACUUGGAACUCUGUGCCAACACGGAAUUGGUGUUUAGAAACGGCAACCGCAGUAGCAAGUUGGAAGCAGCAUUGGCAUAUACUCGUGGCGAAGAAGCCAAGAAAGUAUGCAUGAACUGUGCCAGACUUGGGCCUAAUGACCCUUUCCAGAAGUGUAUCGUCAUGCCUAAUGAGUUCGAGGGCGCCUGUACUAAUUGUCGGUACAACAAUGCUGGAAACAGUUGUAGUCUGCAACGAUCGAUUGUUGUGCCAAGAAAACCUAGAAAGUCCAAAACCGCUUCUGCAGAAGAGACUGCAUCGCGACCGCCGAGAGUCAAGGCUACAAGAUACCCUUCGUGGUUGAAGGCAGAGCUGAACAGGUCAGGUUCUGACAGGAUAUCGGGUCUCGAUGAAGGUUCAAACUGAAUCACUCAGCCUUCUAGAUCAUCUACCCGACCUCUAGCGCCUCUGCUGUCCCUGUUACUCCAUGGUAGGUAUGGCAUCUUAAUGUCUGUGCUUUCUGCUUCUCUUUCGGCUGCCAUACCCCUUGCAGCGGCGAAUCUUUCCCAAGAACUCCAGCUGCAUUCUCAAGACGCCCCCAAUUGCAGAUGAGACAAUAUCAGAUCAGAUCUCGGUGCGUAUCACUGCAUGUCACUUUUUCAAUUUCUUGUACCAUCCCAGCAAUUUUACCAUGGUAGAGUCC